GUGGAGUUGAGCGAGUUCAUGUAGUGUACUGUACGAUUUUUUUUAUAUCGUAUGUUCUCUGUUUGGUUAGUGGUUUACUAGUUAGGUUAGAAUUAUUGUUGUUUGGUUUCUUGUACAUAACCUUCAAGUUCUUAAGAGUGUAUUGCAUUAUACGUGUACCUAAUAUGGUGGCGUAUUUUUAAAUCAUAUUUAUAUAACAUUGUGUAUAUUGUUCACGAUAUAUUGCUGAAUAAACAGCAAAUAGCCUGUAAUAUGAGUUUUUAUAUUGGUUUGAAAAGAUUAAGUGCAAUUCUCAUUUCCCAGAAUAAUUUCAGAUCAUGCCUAUAUUCCAAUAUUAAUACUCUAAGAUCUGAAUCAAAUUAUCAAAGUUCUAUUAGUUUAAAGAGUUUAUAUCCAUCAAGUUCCCUACACUUAACAACUCCAAAGCAGGUACCAGAAAGACCAGAUGGAAAAUUCAAUGGAUACAUUCCUGUUGAGUCCCUGACCAUCACGUAUAGUCGCAGCUCAGGGCCAGGAGGCCAGAAUGUUAACACUGUCAACACCAAGGUUGAUGUUCGUUUCCAAGUCGACAAGGCUGAGUGGCUCUCCCCCAACACUCGUGCCAAGAUAGCAGAUGUUCACAAGACAAAGAUCUCAAAGGAUGGUUUCCUGAUAGUGAGAUCGGACAAGACUAGAUCCCAGCAGCUCAAUCUGGCAGACUGUAUGGAGAUCCUGAGAGUUAUGAUACGGGAAGCAGAAUACAAUCCUCCAGAGCCUUCGCCAGAGACUCAGGAACAGAUCAGGCGAAGGAAAGAGAAAGCUAAUCAGCAACGGUUGAUAGAGAAGAGAAGCAGAUCUCAAUUAAAGGCCAGUCGCCAAGCACCAACAUUUUAGAUAUAUAUCUUGUUUUUUAAUACAGUAUUGAAUGUUUGUAUAUUUCUGUGUAGUGAAAUAAACGGUUGACUCAUUA